CGGACAAUGAAUUUCCGGUUUUCAUUCCAAGAAAUAUUUUAUCAAUAUCAACUGAAGCAACGGUUGACCCAUACUCUUGGCCUUCGACCACACAAAAUCAAGGCAGUUCCAUUUAAGACAUUUGCUUAUGUGUGUUUCAGUUGUGAAGAAGAUAGAGAGGCAGCACUGAAAGCUGUUAACGGACACGUCUGGAAAGGGAGAGAGCUGACAGCAAAAAAAGCUCAAGCAGCAGCUGACCCAUUGAAGAGAAAACUUGAGAGUCUAAAAGAUGAGACAGCACUUGAAAAUAAGAAAAAGAGGACAGAUGACAACCAUUUUUCAGAUUUGCCUUCUGCACUGAGGCUAAAAUCAAGUGUCACUCCAUUAUGGGAAACACCAUACUCAAACCAGCUGGAGAUGAAAACAGAAACGGCAAAAGAAGUUUUAAAAGCUGUGGCCACUCACCCUGAUGUACGUGGGAGUUUUGUACAGGCAAGAAUGCUGUAUAAUGGACUGUGCAGCCCUUUGCUUCCUAUUGUACCUUCUCCAGUUUUUCAGGAGUAUCGCAACAAGUCUGAGUUCUCAAUAGGUCGAAGUGAGGAUGGAAAAGAAACCAUAGUGGGAUUUCGUUUUGGCUUGUACAAAGAUGGAACAGACUGUGUUGGAAGCCCAAGUGAGAUCCUGAUUCUUCCUUCGUCUUCAAAAAUGGUGGCCCAGUGUUUUCAGGAAUUCCUUGGUAGCAGCACUUACCCUGUAUUUGACCAUCGUACACAUGAAGGCCACUGGCGUCAGCUGACAGUUCGAACAACAAGAGAAAGAGGGGGUAUUAUGGGUGUUGCAGAAUUUGUUGUGCAAAAUACUACUGCAGAGGACAGAGAAAAAGUGAAAGAAGACAUUAAAAAUUACUUUACUGAGGGACCAGGCAAAAUGUCCGGUGUUAGCACUUUUUAUUUUCGACCAUGUUCUAUCAAGACCAGCAAUAGUACUUCUGAAGAACCUUAUGAACUCAUCUACGGUGAUGGGUUCAUUUAUGAGUCCUUGCUUGAGAUGAAAUUUAGGAUAUCACCCAGUUCUUUUUUCCAAGUGAACACAGCAGCAGCAGAGGUUAUGUACAAAUUGAUACAGGAGUGGACAGGGGCUACUCAGACCUCAACUGUUCUUGACAUUUGCUGUGGAACAGGAACCAUAGGAUUAUCUUUGGCUAAGAGUGUGGCAAAAGUGAUUGGUAUUGAAAUGUGCAAGGAAGCUGUUGAGGAUGCCAAGAGUAAUGCUGCGUUGAAUGGAGUGACCAACUGUGAGUACUACUGUGCAAAGGUGCAAGACUGUAUUCAAGAUAUUGUACACAACCUUGAUACAUCAGAUGUUGUUGCCAUCUUGGAUCCACCCAGAGCUGGAAUUCAUCAGGUUGUAAUCAAAGCCUUAAGGAUGUGCCAACAACUUAAACGCAUUGUAUAUGCUUCCUGCCAUCCAAUGAUAGCAAAGACAAAUUUUAUUGACCUUUUACGGCCAGCUUCCAGGAAGACAAAAGGAGUACCAUUUAAAUUCAUAAAAGCUCAGCCUAUCGACAUGUUUCCAUGUACAAAACACAUGGAACUUCUCAUGCUGCUUGAAAGGGACUCUGAUGAGGUUCCUUCAAUCUGAAUACAUGCAUAAGCUGAUUAUAAUAAUCAAAAGAUUUCAAAAUUUGUGGUUUGGAAAAAAGGCUUGAGAUUGGUUUUCAUUUGUUUUAGUCAAAAAUUGAUGACACUGAUAACAGACCAGGGGCUAUCCAUAAAGAAACUGUGUUAUAUGCAGAAAAAAAAUGUCAGUGACUUUCAGUUGUUUGCCCCCAAUCUGCCCCAUGUUAUUUAUGACUAUAAUUAAAUCAUCUCUUUCUCAUUAACCCUUAAUUUUUUACUUUUUACCAUGGGUGUUUGCAUCGUAAAAAUGGAAUUAAUUCACAAAAUGGACAUCGUUGGACUUGAGGGCGUGUUUGUAGUAAUACCAACACAUAUUACAUCUUCAAUGAAUGCAUACAUGGAGCUUAUAUGUUUGUCUCAAAACUUAUUUCUUAUGACCUUGCAGAGUCUAUUCUAAUAUUUCUUUUUUUGUGUAAUAUGCAGUCCAAAAGAACUGAUUCACCAUAGAACACAUGGAAAUAAAGCAAGUAGACAAUUA